AUGGAGGAUGAAAUGCCCAAGACCCUGUACGUGGGGAACCUGUCAAGAGAUGUGACCGAAGCUCUGAUCCUGCAGCUCUUCAGCCAGAUUGGACCCUGCAAAAACUGCAAAAUGAUCAUGGAUACAGCCGGGAACGAUCCCUACUGCUUCGUGGAGUUCUACGAGCACCGGCACGCGGCGGCCGCGCUGGCAGCCAUGAACGGCCGGAAGAUAAUGGGUAAGGAGGUCAAAGUCAACUGGGCGACCACCCCCAGCAGCCAGAAGAAAGACACCAGCAGUAGUACACUUGGCAUCACCCAGCUUGCACAAGACCAUUUCCAUGUCUUUGUUGGAGACCUCAGCCCCGAGAUCACAACGGAAGACAUCAAAGCAGCCUUCGCGCCCUUCGGCAGGAUAUCAGACGCCCGGGUGGUGAAGGACAUGGCCACAGGGAAGUCCAAAGGCUAUGGCUUUGUCUCCUUCUUCAAUAAGUGG